AUGUUAUUUUUUACUCCUCUUUAUCAAUUUUUACAAACAGUUCUCGCUAUCAUAGAGUACACGUCUUAUUUGCCAUUCAAACACAUUAAUCAGGGGCACUUAAGAGUAUCCACCACUACACAUCAAGAAGCCAAUCAUCCAAUAGGAAUACGCAACAAUAAGAUGAGUGAUAUAGAAGAUGAAAAUAUCUCGUUUGAUUACGACGAUGAUGAUGAGGAAGUCGAAAUGGACAGUGACUCAGAAUUUUCCUUUGAAUCUGAUGAUGGCGAUAAUCGAGAGAAUUUAUUUGAAUUUAGUGAUAAGAUCAGUGCUGGUACCACUACUGCGCGAGAUGAACCAGCCAUGGUUGGAUGUAAUGGUACCCAUUAUCUACCGUGGACGUAUGAGUUGUUUAUACAAUAUCAGUUUUUAGAGCCUUUGAAGAAAUUGCAGAAAUUCCAGUUGAAAGAUUGCACUGAUAGUGAUUUGUUAAUAAUGUUGCAGAAGCAGAAAUGGCAACUGGAUAACGUGGUGGAUGCAUUUUUUGAAGACCAUAAUAAAUUUUUGGAGAAAUGUGGAUUGCCCGUGGGUAAACCAUCCAACAAUAAAUUUGAAGAGGUGAAGGAUUUCGAUUGUAUGAUUUGUUGUGAGUCAUACCCCAAGACUACUGUUUACUCGCUUACUUGUAAUCAUCAGUUUUGUUUUAACUGUUACUACCAGUAUAUCAAUGGCUAUCUUUCUGAUGCUUCCAAAGGGGACUUAAUUACGUGUAUGGUGCCAGAUUGCCAGUAUGUUAUCCCUCAUAAGGAUAUCCAGCAUUUCUACGAUGUCAAGGAUGUUGAAGAAAAUUUCAUUUACAUCGAGAAACCACUAUCAGUGAAUCCGUUAUUGCGCAACAGUGCUCGUGCUCUUAUUGAUUCAAGACACAAGAAAUAUGUCGCUUGUCCUGCUCCAGAUUGUAACAGUUUUGCCGAAUUGUUAUACCAGGAGUCAUCAUGGCAAGAAAAUUUCCAAAAAUUAGAAGAUAAACAGUCCCCUGAUAUUUCCAGGGUUCCUAUUGUUGGUUGUGUUGAACAACACCAGUUUUGCUUUUAUUGUACCAAAGAAAACCAUUUACCUUGUCCAUGCUGGAUAGUUAAAAAGUGGGAUAAAAAGUGUAGUGAUGAUUCUGAAACUGCAAAUUGGAUCGAUGCAAAUACACACGGAUGCCCCAAAUGCCAAUCGUCAAUUGAAAAGAAUGGUGGCUGUAAUCAUAUGACAUGUCGAAAAUGUAAGCACGAAUUUUGCUGGGUAUGUCUUAAUGAAUGGAGCGAGCAUAAUAAUAAUUAUUCUUGUAACCGUUUCCGUGAUGAUAAGGCAGAGGAUGAACUGAGAAAGAAUAGAAGUAGACAAUCGUUGGAACGGUACUUGCAUUUCUACAAGCGUUUUGCUAUUCACGAGAAUUCAAUGAAGGCAGAUCUUAAAACGGUUAAGAAGAUUGAGGAUAUUACUCGCCUUUACAUGGAAGAUAGACGUGCAAUGGGUCAAGAGAAUUUGUCAUGGAAUGACAUUCAAUUCUUACUGGAUGCGAUGAGAGCACUUCAAAAUGGUAGAAAGGCUUUGAAAUGGACCUAUUGCUUUGCUUAUUAUUUGGCCAAGUCGAAUUUUUCACAAAUUUUUGAAUCUAAUCAAGAUUUCUUGAAUAGAACUGUGGAAGACUUGUCUGAAAUAUUUGAAAGUAUCAUGGACAAGAAGAACUUGAACAAAGUUGAUACGAUCAUCAAGAACAAGACAAAGAUUAUUAACUUGAGUGAAUCAGUGAAGUCAAUACAAAAAACAUUGAUCAAAAGUGCACAAGAAAAUUUACUGAAUGGAUGGUUAAAUUUUGAGACUUAA